AUGAAUAAGUGCAACCAAACAGAGAUUUCUGAAUUUAUUUUGCUAGGGAUUCAGGGUUCCUCGGUUCUGCGAUAUUCCCUUUUUGUUACAUUCUCUGUGACGUACAUCUUCACAAUGACCGGAAACGUCUUCAUAGUUGGGUUGAUUAUAGGAAGUCACCAGCUUCACACUCCGAUGUAUUUUUUCCUCUGUCAUUUAUCCUUAUUUGAUAUAUUCUUGUCCACAAAUGUGGUUCCUAACUUGCUUGGCACCUUGCUAGGGUCAGGUAAGACCAUAUCAGUCAGGGGCUGUGUCACACAGUACUAUUUUAGCUGCUCGUCAACAAUAUCUGAGUGCUUCCUCCUCACAGUGAUGUCUUAUGAUCGUUAUUUGGCCAUUUGCAGACCACUGCAUUAUGUCAACAUCAUGGACAUCAGCCUCCGUCUCCACUUUGUGGUGUGGUCUUGGUUGCUUGGCUUUCUUCUCAGCCUGUGUUCCAUUAUUCCAGUGUCUCUCAUGCAAUUUUGUGGGUGCAAUAUCAUUGACCACAUCUACUGUGACCUCGCUCCUCUCCUUGAGGCAUCUUGCUCAGGAACUUCCAUUGUGGAAAUGGAGACGGUUGUACUCUCUAUUCCAAUUGUGCUUUUCCCAUUUAUGUUCAUUAUCAUAACUUAUGUCAGAAUUGUCCUCACUAUCCUGAAGAUCUCCACAAAUACAGGAAGACACAAAGCCUUCUCCACCUGCAGUUCCCACAUCACAGUUGUCACCACAUACUAUGGCGCCUUAAUUGCUAAAUACACAGUGCCAUCUUCUGGAGAUUCUCUGAAUUACAGAAAAGUUAUCUCUCUCCUGUACACUGUGUUUACCCCACUGCUGAAUCCUGCAAUAUACAGCCUGAGGAACCAAGACAUAAGAGAUGCUCUGAGGAAAUUGGUGCAUGUGAAGGAGUUGAAUUAA